AUGGCGAAGACCAGCGCAGCCGUGUGCGUGCUCUUCAUGGUCCUGAUGGCCUUCGCCGUCCAGGAGAGCGAGGCAAUCAUCAUCAAGUCCAUCCUGCUCUACAAGCUCUACAAGAAGCUGACCGCCAAGAAGGCGGCGGUUGUGCCGGUGGCCAAGGCCAUCCCAGCCCCCGUCCCCCCGCCUCCCGUCUUCCCUGUGAGCAAGCCGGUAUUCGCCAGGGCAACCGCCGGGACCAAGCCGGAGGGCUACGAGGCCCCGUCCAACUAUGGAGACGGCCGCAGGCUCUGA